AUGCACGAUCGCAUUUUCGCCUUUGCACAGGAGAAGGUUGGCUUGACCGCCGAGCAGGCAGAAUACCUCUCCCGGAAGUACUGGCUCAAUUACGGCCUCUCCCUCUACGGCUAUGUAAAGGAGUACAAUGUCGACGCGAAGGAAUACAGCGACUUUGUGCAUCAAUGCUCGUAUGAUAAGCUACGCUACAACAAACCGCUCAUUGAUAUGCUGCUGAGCAUGCAGUAUGUGCCAGAGGAUGCGAGGACGCACGAUGGACCGCGUCCGACUAGCAUCGACCACCUCUACUACUACACAAAUGCCAACCAUUCGCAUGCGCGAAAAGUACUCGACGCGCAAGGGCUGCGCCCCAUAUUCACCCGACCACGCCGGGUAGGGUUGCCUGUGAAGGAGUACAAUCCCGUCGACGACCAGGCUGGCGCCGAGGAUCAGGUGGAGUGGCUUGGCUUCUCGUACGAGGACCAGUGGCGGCUGACGCAUCCGGAGAUUGCAAACAAGCCAAUGCGACGGGCCUACGAGGCGAUCUACAAGGCGAUUGAAGACCAGGUUGCCGAAGAUGCGGCACUGGUGGCCACCACCACAACAGCGGGCAGCGAGUCCGCCUUUGCGUCUUCCUCAGCAUUACGCAACUCAGGCAGCGCGGAGGAGGUGGAGAACAAACGAGCCCAUCUCCGCCCAGAGAACUUUGUCAUGAUUGACGACUCGCUCAUGAACAUCGAUGCACCGCUCGAGCUUGGCUGGAGCGCUGUCUGGUACGCGCACGACAAGCAGGAGCUACCGACGGAUGUGAAGGAGAGCGCUAGUGCCCCUCUCUAUGCGGCUGCCGUCGCCUCCGGACGACUGCAGGUGAUCCGUAACAUCCUUGAGCUGAGGGAGGCGGUGGAGCGGAUUCGCGAGGUCAAUAGCCGGAGUGCGUCAUCGUGA